AUGAUUAGCUCAGACUUCGUGAGUAAGAGGUUUAACAAAGACCUUUACGCUCUCUUAACGACUGUGUUGAAGGCGGACAACCUGGUUGUCCUUGGAGACCUCAAUGUCCGCGUCGGAACGGACAACGCUGCCUCGAGGGCAGUGUUCGGUCCCCAUGGAAUCGGAAGCUGCAACUACAACAGCCUUCUUCUCCUGCGAACCUACGCAGAACACCGUCUUCUCUUCAACACCCUCGUCCUUCCGAUACGUAAGAAGGCUUCAUGGAUGCAUCUUCGUUCGUGAUGCUGGCACCUGCUGGAUUGUGUCCGAGUCCUGAGGCGAGGCUGUCAAGAGAUGCUGAUAACUAAGACUAUUUUCGAUAUCGACAGCCAGACGGGUCAUCGUCUGGUCAUUUCCAAGAUGGGGCUCCGACUGACAACUCACAGGACACCACAGGAUAAGCGACCACCAGGCAAAUUAAAUGCUGUUCUGUUGGAGUUGUCUGCUCAUCACUUAGAUUUCCGCAAUCAACUGGCUCGGCGCCCGGAAGAACUGCGGACUACCGGUGAGAACGGCACCGUGGAAUUAAAGUGGCGUCAACCGCGGAACGUUAUCCAACCCACGGUUCUGAACGUGCCCGGUGGCCCUCGCAGUCAACAUCAAGAUUGGUUCGACGACAACGGCGCAGAAAUCAGCAACCUACUCAUCGAAAAGAAUAGGCCUCGCAAGGCCUACAUCAACAUCUGGACUGGCGCAAACAAGUCUGCGUUCUACAGGUGUCGCCUGCGACUGCUGGAGGUGCAAGAUGCCUGGAUGGAUCAUAAGGCUGAGGAAAUAUUAGGAUACGCGGGUCGCUAUGAAAUAAAGAAUUUCUUCGCACCAGUGAAGACUGUCUACAACUUCCGCAUCAAAUGGACCGCGCCGUUUCUCAGCCCCAACUGA